AGACACUGAUGACUAGGUCACUGUAAUAAAUCUCCUUCCUCUUUUGGGCUCAUUAGACACUGCUUUAGCACUUUUGAGUUUACGUCAGUGAAAGGCAGAGCUGCAUCUGAACCAAAGCCUUUCCAGAGUAACACAGUUGCUGAUUCUUCACCUUUAGACGGCAUUUGAGCAUUUUUGGUCCUGUCGUUUUGUGACCUGCCAUGCCGUCGUACACAGUCACUGUUGCCACGGGGAGCCAGUGGUUUGCAGGGACGGAUGAUUAUGUCUACAUCACGCUGGUGGGUACAGAGGGAUGCAGCGAGAGGACACUGCUGGACAAACCCCUCUACAACGACUUUGAGAGGGGGGCGAUUGACUCAUAUGAUGUGAAAGUUGGUGAGCACUUGGGUGAUGUCGUACUGGUGAAGAUUGAGAAGAAGAAAUAUUGGAUGCAGGAUGACUGGUACUGCAGGUACGUCACUAUCAAGACCCCAUGUGGAGAUUAUGUGGAAUUUCCCUGUUUCCGUUGGCUGGUGGACGACAAGGAAGUGGUCCUGCGGGAUGGACGAGCAUUUCUGCCUCAGGAUGAUAAAACCAGUAUAGUAAAGCAGCACAGACAAAAAGAGCUGGAUCAGAGAAGAAAAACCUACAGAUGGAAAGAGUGGCAGCCUGGAUUCCCUCUGAGCAUUGAUGCUAACAAACACAGGGACCUCCCCCGAGACAUCCAGUUUGACAGUGAAAAGGGAGUGGACUUUAUUCUAAACUACAGUAAGGCAAUAGAGAACUUGUGUGUGAACAGCUUCAUGAACAUGUUUCAGUCUUCAUGGAGCGACUUUGCUGACUUUGAGAAAAUCUUCGUGAGAAUCAAAAACACAAUCUCAGAGUAUGUGAUGGAACAUUGGAAAGAAGACUUCAUGUUCGGGUAUCAGUUUCUGAAUGGUUGCAACCCAGUGUUGAUUUGCAAAUGCACCAAACUCCCUGACAAGUUCCCUGUCACUAAUGAGAUGGUUUCUGUCAGCCUUGAGCGGGAUUUGACCCUUGAGCAGGAAAUUAAGGCAGGUAACAUAUUCAUAGCGGACUACGACAUGUUAGAGGGCAUUAAUGCAAACCCCACAGACCCGUAUACGCAGCAGUACCUGGCAGCUCCAAUGUGUUUGCUGUACAAGAACCUACGGAACAAGAUUCUGCCUAUAGCUAUACAGCUUGGCCAGGAUCCCGAUGAAAACCCAAUCUUCCUUCCCACUGAUGGUCAAUAUGACUGGCUGCUGGCAAAGAUCUGGGUACGAUCAGCUGACUUCCAGCACCACCAGAACGUCACACACCUGCUCAGGACACAUCUGAUGACAGAGGUGUUUGGUAUUGCCAUGUUCAGACAGCUCCCAGCUGUUCACCCGGCAUUUAAGCUACUCAUCCCGCACAUUCGUUUUACUAUCGCAAUCAAUACAAAGGCCAGAGAGCAGCUCAUCUGUGAGUGCGGGAUCUUUGACAAGGCCAAUGCAACCGGCGGAGGUGGUCACAUCCAGCUUGUCCAGAAAGCCAUGAAGACGCUGACCUUCAGGUCUUUCUGCUUCCCUGACAUGAUCAAGAGCCGUGGCAUGGACAGUACGGAGGAGCUGCCCACCUAUUUCUACAGGGAUGAUGGCUACAAGGUGUGGGAAGCCACUAAGAGUUUUGUCUCUGAUGUGAUCCGUAUUUACUACACCAGUGAUGAGAGAGUGCAGGAAGACGAGGAAAUCCAGGCCUUCGUCAAAGAUGUGUGCAGCUUUGGGAUGCAGGACUUCGAUCACUGUGAGUUUCCAAAGUCUCUGAAGACACGUGACGAACUGAUAGAGUACCUGACUGUCAUUAUAUUCACUGCUUCAUCCCAGCAUGCUGCCGUGAAUUUUGGACAGUAUGACUGGUGCUCCUGGAUCCCCAAUGCCCCUUCUACCAUGCGGAAGCCCCCUCCGAAAGAGAAAGGGCAGGUCGAUGUGAAAAUGAUCAUUGAGAGCCUUCCUGAUCGUGGACGGUCCAGCUGGCACCUGGGGGCCGUCUGGGCCCUUAGCCAGUACCAGGAGAAUGAGCUGUAUCUGGGUAUGUAUCCAGACGAACACUUUAUAGAGAAGCCAGUAAAGGACGCCAUGGGAAAAUUCAGGAAGGAACUGGCAGAGAUAACCAGGAGCAUCAAAAGGAGGAACGAGGAAAAGAAGCUGCCGUACUACAACAUGUCUCCAGACAAAAUCCCAAACAGUGUUGCUGUUUGAGGAGUGAAACUCGUCUGAUGCAUAAAUUGUCUUUCUGUAUAUUAAAGAGCAGAAGACACUAAGGUUUCUGCAACUAUGGAAAAUAUUGAUUUUGAAAUUUAGAUUUGUCUACAUUGUGAUCAUGAUUACAGAUAUAAAACAGAAAAACAUAAAGGGAAGACUCAGCUGCCGUUUGCAGGUAGCAACAAAUUGACCAAUCAGAGGAGUGCGCCGUGGAAAUAUGGACUCCAUAAAAACUGUUUUUAAUCGCUGUUAUUUUUAUAUUUAUCACUUUAUAAAUAAACUGAUAUUUCAUCUCUGUUUUCAACAUAGCUCACUGUUAUGGAUUGCUAAUCAUACUUCCGUAUCAUAACCCUAUUUAAAAAAAAGAUAAUGCAGUCUAGUGACUUUUGGAGGUAUGCGCUCUUCAAAUAAAACUUCACAGGUUUUGUGCGUUACCUUUAUAAAUCCAGUUUGCCUAUAUUGUGAAUCAUCCCACAGGGGAAAAAGUCCUAUUUGUUUUGUAUUCUGAAUUUACUCUUUAUAAAUGUAAAGAUAAUGAGGACAUGUCACCAAGAAGUUUGGCUAAACAGUUAAGACCAUAUUAUAAUGCCUAUUUGCAGGGAAUUCAGUAACUCAGUACAAUCUGCUGGGCUUCCUUAAAUAACUUCAUUGGCAAAAUAUGACCAACAGAAUUUGACUGUAUUGUAUGAAUAUUAGAAUCUGUGUAUUUAAAACUGUCCAUAUGAAUGGACUGGUAUGAAUUACAUUGAUUUAAUUUAUAUUUCUGUAAGCUAAGGUUGAAUUUGACCCAUUUGUUAUGCAGUAACAUUUACAUAACAUCUGUUGUACAUUGGUGAUAUAUAAAUAAAAUAUAAAUAAAUUGAUCUGUCAUUGUCAAA